CUGAUGUGAAGUGGAUAUUCAGUUGGUAUUCUUCUCUCAGCUUGCAGAGCUGCUGCAUGCCUGGGUCAGUGUUCCAGUUCUCGUGACUCCUUGACACAGCAGGCGUGCUGGGGCUGUUAGUUCCCUGUGGCUGUCAUCAAAAUGGUGAUCAAAGUGUUUGUAGCAACGUCCUCGGGGUCUACAGCGAUUAAGAAGAAACAGCAAGAGGUAGUGGGCUUUUUAGCAGCCAACAAGAUUGACUUUAAAGAACUGGACAUAGCCUGUGAUGAAAACAACAGAAAAUGGAUGAGAGAAAAUGUUCCAGGCGAAAAGAAGCCACAAAAUGGAAUCCCUCUCCCUCCACAGAUCUUCAAUGAAGAACAGUAUUGUGGG